UCUUUUUUCUUAGGUAAUGGAACUGACUUAUAUGUUACUUGGAUUACAUUCGAUGAAACGUUCAAGUCCUUAGUAGAAUAUGGUGAAAAUGAUCUAAACUUGUUGGCUGAAGGCACUUCCGUUUAUUUUGUUGACGAAGGAGAAAAGCGUAUUCGACGAUACGUUCAUCGAGUGACACUGAAGUCGUUGAAGCCCGGCGUCACUUAUCAAUACCAUGUUGGUUCCGAAUAUGGAUGGAGUCCCAUCUUUCGCUUUACUGCGCUGGAACCACGUCCAGAAGGAGGCUUUAUUUAUGCUGUUUACGGUGACCUUGGGAACGUCAAUGCACGUUCAUUGGGAAAAAUUCAACAGUUUGCUCAGAGGGGCAAAAUUGACAUGGUUUUGCACAUUGGUGAUAUGGCCUAUAAUCUUGACACGGAUGAUGGGUACUUUGGUGAUCAAUUUGGCCGCCAGAUUGAGCCAAUUGCGGCAUAUGUGCCGUAUAUGACGGUGGUUGGGAACCAUGAGAGUGCACAAAACUUUUCGCACUAUGUUAAUCGUUUCGACAUCGGUCCAGCUCACUUUAUCGUCAUUUCUACGGAGUUUUACUUUUACACGAACUAUGGAUGGAAACAAAUUCAUCAUCAGUGGAAUUGGCUAAUGAACGAUUUACAGAAAGCUAACAGUGAGCGAGACAAACAUCCCUGGAUUAUAACCAUGGGCCAUAGGCCUAUGUAUUGCUCAAAUUUUGAUGGAGAUGAUUGUACACGUUAUGACAGCAUAGUACUUCCUAAAUGUUCUUUGCGAUACUUUAACAAUAAUGAAAUUAAUUAUACAAAUUCUUUAACUGCUAUAAAUAACUUUUAUGUUAUAAAGAAAUACUGGCGUGUCAAGCCUGUUAACCUCCUUAUUCCGUCCUCGUUUCUUCAGAUUCGUACCGGUCUACCAGUGACUCAUGCUUAUGGUCUCGAGAAGCUUUUCUACACUUAUGGAGUGGACCUGAUGAUAUGGGCGCAUGAACAUUCAUAUGAAAGACUGUGGCCUGUUUAUAAUCGAACGGUGUUCAACGGCACAAGGUCGCCGUAUUUUAAUCCACCAGCACCAGUUCAUAUCGUUACUGGAUCCGCUGGGUGUCAGGAAAACACAGACCCCUUCCAAGAACACUCUCCACCAUGGAGUGCGUUUCGUUCUUCUAACUAUGGGUUUACAACAAUGCAGAUAUUUAACGAUAGUCAUAUAUACUUUGAACAGAUCGCAGCUUCAAAGGAAAAACCUGAAGACAGUUUUUGGUUGAUUAAGUACUCACAUAGGCCGUACACCUUGGCACAACACAAAGUAUUGGAAAAGUAUGGUACUCAUAUUCCUUACUAAUA